GUGGUAAAAAUCCUUGGAGUAGCCGUCCACGAACAUCCGCUUAUGCUUGUCAUGGAGGUUUGCCCAAAUGGCUCAUUGGUAUCGUAUCUUAGAAAACGAAGAGGAAAUGUACCAUUGUCGGAGAAAUUACGUUUUGCUAUAGAAGCAUCUGAUGGCCUUGCUUAUUUGGAAAAGAAAUUAUGCAUUCACAGGGAUAUAGCAGCGAGAAACUGCUUACUGAGUGCAAAAUUUGAGAUAAAAAUUUCGGAUUUUGGUAUGUCAGACGACAAAGUUAUAGUUCAUGAUGACACACUAGAAAAGCUCCUGCUUGAACCUUUGAAAAAAACUGCAUUUAAAGAGCAUUUAAGAAAUUGGAGGUUCGAACACGAGGUGUUUCUUCAGAAAAUGUCUGUUCUAGGGGUGCUCGUGUGGGAGAUUUACGCCGAGGGUGCAGAACCUUAUCCCGGCUUGACAAGACUUCAAACAAGAGCUAAAAUUGUGGUACAAAAUUACAGAAUGGAAAUGCCGAGGGAUACACCAAAAAGCGUUGCAGAGGUAGUAUAUCAAUGUUGGGAAAGAGAUCCAGCUCGACGACCAGAAAUGUCGAAAAUUUUUCGAAUGUUAAAAGAAAUAGGAGAACGUUCGAAGGCUUAA